CCAAGCUCUAAAGGACUAACUACUUCUGCUUCAAGAGUUCCUGAAAUCGACAAGCUGUCAUGUAUGAGGUGUUUAAAGACAAGUCCCAGAGGAGAGGACAUGGAGCCCGAGGCAAGGAGGCCACAGGCAGGACCAAGGACUCUAUAAGCACCGUGUCGUACAUUGAUGAACUCGCACACCAUGAUGACAACGCUCGGAUGGCCAUAACAACGGAGAACACCUACCAGCUGGGACCAAAUAAACGCAUGCCUGUCCCUGCUGUCACAGACAUACUGAAGGACGUACUGACCAGUUACCUCCAGGAGGAGAAAUACGAAGGAGAAUGGUCUCAGAAAAUGACAAAAACAAUAUGCGAGGUGAUCAGAGCCCGUGUGAAGGAACUCAUGAUUCCCAGAUAUAAGAUCGUGGUCCUGGUCCACAUCGGCCAGCUCACGGGACAGAGCAUGCAGAUCAGCAGCCGCUGUCUAUGGGACGCCGCUAAUGACACCUUCGCCUCCUUCUCCUUCAAAAACAGCUCUCUGUACGGCGUGGCCACUGUCUACGCUGUUUACUAUGAGUAAACCAUACACACAAAGACUGAUCAACAAAAUCCUAAAAUAUUUCUGCUGUUAAAGAGUAUAUUUUGCCAAGUAUCAAAUGGUAAACAAGAAUUU